UUCUCAGUUGCUUGUGGUUGUCAAGAAUAUCAGUUUUGCUAUUCAUGAUGCCCUCAGAUGGCUGCUCACCAACAACAUCAGUAAGUUAGUAAAAGCGAGGACACUUCUUUCACAUAGUUGUAAUUUAGGGCCCUGUUGUUUAUCAUUAUAUACCCAUGCUUGGUUGGUAGUUCUUAUUAGGUACAGGAAGUGGAAAGAAAACUUUUUCCUUGGAUAAUGAAAGAUUGACAAGUCAACAACAUUGACUUUUUUUACACCUGCUAAGUGCCCUUCCAACCAAAUCCAGGUGAUGGUCUAAAUAGUUAUCCUGCUUCUUGUGCUUCCUAUUACUGGUUCUGAAUCUAAUGUAAUUUUUCUGUGGGUUUAUAGGGUUAGUGUUGGCAUCAAAUUUAUAGAGCUCAUAAUUAAUAAUUAGUCACAUAUUCUCUAUCAUGAUUUUACCACUUACCUCUUAUUUUUCCUAGAAAUUGAACGAGGAUGCUUCCUUUUUUUUUGGAGAGAGAGGUUAUCUAUAAGGGGAUGAAUGCUAGUGGUUGGGCCAUGUUUAGCAUAUUGAUGUUUAAGAAGACUGUAGUCAGCAACUGGGUGCCUUUGAGAGCUUACCACAAAAAUUGAACUUAUUUUGCAGCACCAUCUUUUCCCUUCCUCAGAAACGAAUUGGGAUUAAUUUUGCUCUAUGGUUCCGCUUGCAAUGGUUAUUUGUUGGUUUAAUUUGGGAAGCUUAAUUUAGUUGUAGAAUCUACUUAAGAAGAUGCCAUUACCAAGUUAGAAUUUGUUAUCCUCUUGUUAAGAAACCCAUGGCUCAUGAAAGGCAGAGAACAUCAAAUGCAAACUGGCCAUUUAUUCAAGGCUCUGCAGACUGUGUUAAAAAAUUUUAGGUCAUUUUGCAACCCAUUAAUUCAAUGUAAAAGGGUCAUUCUGUCUUGAGUUUGUCAUGGUGACUGCAACUAAACAUGUCUGACUGAAUUUUGUAUGUUUCUCUAUUGAAUCAUGUACCUCUUGUUGAUAAAGCUCUUUCCAUUUC